GAUUUGAUACCUUUUUAGGCUGAGCUUGUGAGAAAGAAGCUUAAGGGAGAAAUGACCGAAUGCUAUUCACUUCUAAAUCUUCGAUUUCCAUCGUUUCCCGUCAUUGAUUUCGGCGCAAAAAUCUUCCCCAAACGUUUCCCCAAAUCCAUUUCAUUCUCACACCCUUCAUCGAAGUUUCAACUUUGUGGAAUUUCCCGAGCUAUGGAAGUGGUCGAAGGAAGUGAAGAGAGUAAAGGGUCGUCAUCCCCUCUAAUGAAGCUCUUGUUCGUGGAAAUGGGUGUCGGCUACGAUCAACAUGGACAGGACAUAACGGUUGCAGCAAUGAGGGCUUGCAGGGAUGCAAUCUCUUCUAAUUCAAUCCCUGCUUUCCGCAGAGGUUCCAUUCCUGGUGUCAGUUUUGAUCAGAUGAAAUUGCAGAUUAAACUAGGGGUUCCUCAUUCCCUCCAGAAUUCCUUGGAUAUUGAGAAAGUGAAGUCAGUAUUUCCCUAUGGAGAAAUUUUGAAUGUUGAAGUUGUGGAUGGUGGUUUGAUAUGCUCAAGUGGGGUACUUGUAGAAGAGAUGGGUGACAAGAAUGAUGAUUGUUACAUUGUGAAUGCUGCUGUUUAUGUGGGCUAUUAACUUUCAGGUUUUGCAGAGCUUUGCUCUGUUUGUUCUCGUGUUAAUGGAUGAUUACUACAUGUUUGUGCUGUGUAAUAACAUAAUAACAAAGUUGUACAUUACUACAUUUCUCUAAAUUCUGUUCUUGCUCGGUUAUUUUUGGGUUUUG